AAAAUCUGGAUAAUGCCGCAGAAGCAGCUGAACAAUUUAAAUUAAUCCAGGCAGCAUAUGACGUGUUGAGUGACCCUCAGGAAAGAGCAUGGUAUGAUAAUCAUAGAGAGGCCCUACUUAAAGGUGGGCUUGAUGGCGAAUAUCAAGAUGACAGCUUAGAUUUGCUACGCUAUUUCACCGUUACCUGUUAUUCUGGUUAUGGAGAUGAUGAAAAGGGCUUUUACACGGUGUAUCGUAAUGUUUUUGAAAUGAUUGCCAAGGAAGAACUAGAAUCUGUGUUAGAGGAAGAGGUUGAUGAUUUCCCAACUUUUGGAGACUCCCAGAGUGACUAUGAUACGGUAGUCCAUCCUUUCUACGCUUAUUGGCAGAGUUUCUGCACUCAAAAGAAUUUUGCAUGGAAGGAAGAAUAUGAUACACGACAAGCUUCAAACCGCUGGGAAAAACGAGCCAUGGAAAAAGAAAACAAAAAGGUUCGGGACAAAGCAAGGAAAGAGAAGAAUGAGCUUGUCCGUCAGCUGGUAGCUUUCAUUCGUAAAAGAGAUAAAAGAGUGCAGGCUCAUCGAAAACUUGUGGAAGAACAGAAUGCAGAGAAGGCAAGGAAAGCCGAGGAGAUGAGGCGGCAGCAGAAGCUAAAGCAGGCCAAACUGGCGGAGCAGUACAGAGAACAGAGCUGGAUGACUAUGGCGAAUUUGGAGAAGGAGCUCCAGGAGAUGGAGGCACGGUACGAGAAGGAGUUUGGAGAUGGGUCGGAUGAAAACGAAAUGGAAGAAUAUGAACUCAAAGAUGGGGAGGAUGGUAAAAACAGUGAUGAGGCUGAGGACGCUGAGCUCUAUGAUGACCUCUACUGCCCAGCAUGUGACAAAUCGUUCAAGACAGAAAAGGCCAUGAAAAAUCACGAGAAGUCAAAGAAGCAUCGGGAAAUGGUGGCCUUGCUAAAACAACAGCUGGAGGAGGAGGAAGAAAAUUUUUCAAGACCUCAGAUUGAUGAAAAUCCAUUAGAUGACAAUUCUGAGGAAGAAAUGGAAGAUGCACCAAAACAAAAGCUUUCUAAAAAACAGAAGAAAAAGAAACAGAAACCAGUACAGGAUGUACCUGGCAAAGAUUCAUAUCUGCCUGCAGCUCACUUUCAGAUGGUUUGGGGGAAAAAGUGUGUGUUAGGAGAGAGAAGAGGUGGAGAGAGCGAGCACAAAUGUGCCAAAAUGUUGCUUGAAAACAGACAGAAUUAUGAUGACAAUUUCAAUGUAAAUGGAACUGGAGAAGGAGUAAAGCUUGAUCCAGAAGAUACUAACUUAAAUCAAGACAGUACCAAAGAAUUGGAAGAUAGUCCCCAGGAAAAUGUCAGUGUCACAGAGAUCAUUAAACCAUGUGAUGAUCCAAAAAGUGAAACUAAAAGUGUUCCUAAACCCAAAGGAAAGAAAACCAAAGAUAUGAAAAAACCUGUCAAAGUACCUGCUGAACCACAGGCAAUGAGUGAUGUUCUUAUCAGCUGUACAACCUGCCAUAGUGAAUUUCCAUCCCGGAAUAAACUUUUUGACCAUCUAAAGGCCACAGGUCAUGCAAGAGCACCUUCAUCAUCAUCUUUAAACAGUGCAACAAGUAGUCGAAGCAAGAAAGAGAAACGUAAAAACAGAUAGAGAUUCUGCCUGUGCUUUUGUUUGACUGUCUCUAGAUCUUGAAACCAAAAAACUGAACUGAAAUCAUCUAAAGAGUUAAAAUUUCAAUGAUCUGCAAUUAAUUACAUUGUGGAAGAUUAUUUUUUAUCUUGUAAAAACAUUUUUUUGGUUUAAUAUAUAUUUUUAAAACAUUUCACUAGUGAUUGAAUUCUACUUUUGCCAUCUGAAUUGACUUGAAUGUCUUAAAACAGGUAAAUACUGUAAAGUGUGUAUUCUUGAUGUUUGUUGGCUCAUGUGGACAGAAAUGUACAGGGAGAAUUACAUUAUUUUAACACAGAAGUGCUCCUUUCUGCUUUAUUUUGUGAAUUUCACAUUACUUUUACUUAAUGCUUUUGUAUUUUGUUAAUCCUUCAUAAUAUAUGAAAAACUCGGAUCUUUUAAAAAGCAUCACAGAUCAUUUUUCCACAUGACACUGGAUCCGAUUUUAAAAAUUAUUUUUAAAUAAC